AUGAAUGCUCUGAGCAGGCACUUCGAGAACCUGACUUCAAAAGGUCCCUCCGCACCUAAACGAUUAGCAAACGUGAUGGCUCCUCCAUUAGAGGUCACUAUUGUGCAAGCAGAGGAAAACUAUGCACACACUUACUGUACAGAGAAAAAUGACAAGAUAUAUGUGAAGGCAUUAGUGGUGAAAUUUGACAAGGGCAUCCACUCCACAGAGGAUGUUUCUUGUAAAAGUCAACUUGUCAAAGUUCCAGGACAACCUACCCAUACCAAAUUACAGAUGAGGAAAGCAGCACUUGACAAAUUUGCAAGUCAAGGUCAUGCAACUUCUGCUUCAGGACCCAGUACCAUUCACAAACCUGUUCCUCCUAAGCCUUCUCCAGGGAUCAAGCCUUCGGCCGAUGAUGAAACAGAAAAGGAUCCAAAGCUCACAUAUUUGAAGCCAGUGGCACAAAGAUUUGGGGUUCAGCUUAAAGCAACUAACAGAGAAAAUCAUGGAAAUGCUGGUUGCUCUAAAGCCCCCACCCCAACUAGUGAUUUGCCAAAAGAAGACCCAAACCAAAAUGAUGGAAAGACGCGAUGCGCUAACGUGCCCACCAAAACCGGUGACAGUGCAGAAGAAGAGCCAACGACUCUGUAUCCAAAACCUGCAGGGAACAAGUUUCUUAACUCUGCUCCUCAUGAAAAACAAAAGAGUUACCUGGGAGCAAAACCAAAUUCCAAUUUUACAUCACAGGAAAAUGAGGCAAAACCAACAGUUUCAAAAGUAACUGGACUCAGGAAAACAUUCAUGUCUGCAACACAAGAGAAUGAGCCUAAGCCUCCUUCCUCUAAACCACCUCUUGCACAAAAACCUUCUCUAAACUAUGAGGUGCCCCCCAAAGAAGAUGCUUGUAAUAAAAGUGUGUUUCUGAAAAAAGGACUGUCAGGCCCGAGAGAAAAUGUGCUCUCAUUUACAGUAGCAAAGGAAAUGGAUGGAAAUAGUAACUCUAACACAGCUCUGACGCCUACUGGAUUUUGCUCCAGGUCAUCUCAAGGCAACCCAAAAAAUGUGGAAGAAAAGACAGAAGAAAAAGGAAUGCUUGCUGCUAAAAAGAUCUUUCUCAACAAAAUCAUGCAGGAAGAAUCAGAUUCUUCUUCCAAGUUCCAUAAGAUGAGCACAGAUCUUGUUGCAGGAAGGGUAUCAUGCACAUCACAAGAGAAAGAGGAUGAGAACAGGAGCUCAGGAGCCCUCAAACGGAAAGUCUUGCCCCCACUGUUCAAGCUGGGCCAGCCUCCAAAGAAGCCCAGCAGACCCCCCAGUGUGGACUUGGAAAGGUUCAGGAGGAGCAUCCAAAAAGACACCUCUGAAAAUGAAGGUUUGAAACAGACAGCACCUUCCCCAGCAGCACUUCCACAACCUGCUCCCUUACAACCCUCUGCUGCACCAUUGCCACCUCCUCCACCAGGUCACCCGCCUCUGCAGCGGCCCUCAGCUCCCAGCCUGCCUCCCAGGACUGGAAAACCCAACUCUGAAACAAUAAGUCCAGACAAUGAAGAAAGCUAUGAUGACAUUGAAUUUGUUUCACAGGGUCAUGGAAAUACAGAGAGGGGCCAAGAAAGUGAUGGAGAGAUGUAUGAAGACAUAAAUGAUAUCAGAUCACUAAGGCAAAAAGAAAAGAAGCAGGAGAAAGAAGAAAAGAGAAAAAUGGACCAAGAGAAGAAAGAACAAAAGGAAAAAGAAAAGAAAGAGCAGGAAAUCAGGAAGAAGUUCAAAUUAGUGGGACCCAUCCAAGUCCUUCAUCAGGCACGAGCUUGUGCUGACUACAAGGGAGGGAAGAAUGAGCUGUCUGUCAAACAGGGGGAUGAGAUUGAAAUAAUUCGCCUCACAGACAAUCCAGAAGGAAAGUGGCUGGGCAGGAUAAAAGGAUGUUAUGGAUACAUCAAAACAGCCACAGUGGAGAUUGAUUAUGAUUCUCUAAAAAGAAAGCAACAGGCAUCUAUCAGAGCUGCUGUGAAACACCCGGAGUGUGAGCAAGCAGUAUAUGAUGAUGUUGGAGAGCAAGACAGUAUUAGCAGUCACAGCGGGGGCCAAAGUGGAGCUGGACAGAUGUUCCCACCUCCUCCUUCUGAUCAAGAAAUUUAUGAUGGAAUUGAUGAUGAAGAUGAUGUAACUAGGUCCAUAUCACAGGAUGAAGAUAAGAAUGGUAUCUGGUCCUGGGGAAUCCUGAAGUGGCUAAAGGUCAAAGAUGACAAAAAGAAAAGUGUACAAGAAAAAAACACCAAAGUCAAUGUGGCAGAAGAUAAUGGAAAUUUGUUCAUGUCUGUUUCAACAAAACAGUUUGGAAAAGAUUGUGAAGACAAUGAUGUUUAUGAUGACGUAGAUUCUUCAGAUUUCCCUCCUGCACUGCCUGAACUCAAUUCGUCAAAAUCAGUGAGCCUUGGAAAAGGUAAAUCAGAUGAAAGAGAUGCACAGAAGUGUAAAGACAUGGACAGAGAAGAGAAAAUGCUCAGAAAAAGGUUCAAAUUUAAAGGUGAAAUUAAAGUUCUUUAUACUGCCACCACGGUCUUGGAUUUGCCCCAGAGAAGAUGGGGACCUAAAGACUUACAAGUUAAACCAGGGGAGUCUCUUGAAAUUAUAGAAAGCACAGAUGAUACCAAGGUCCUGUGCAGGAAUGAAGAAGGAAAAUAUGGCUAUGUUUUGAGAAGCAAUUUGGCUGAGAAUGAUGGUGAGAUUUAUGAUGAUAUCGGUGAUGGCUGCAUCUAUGAUAAUGCCUGAUAAAGAAUUCUAUGCAAGUAAAGCUUCAUUGAAAAUGAAUAUCUAUUUUGGACAUUGUGAAAGCAACAGAAGUCAUUAAAGAUGAGUACAUAUUAAUCAGUUACAGUCUUCUAUACAGUUAACCUUUUUUUAAGAUUGCACGGUUUUGCCAUCCAUUGCUUUGUAUGACAUUUGUAUUGCCAUUUAUCUGAGCAACUAAAAUUCAGGGAAUAUAUUUAAGGUUAUACUUUUCUACUUCCUUUUCACAUUUGUGACAGUCCAUGGACAACAGUUCUGCAAUUAACUACAACUAGAGAGGUCUGUGCUUGUCUAUGAAGAAUACAGAGGCAAACAGACCCUGAGAACAGAUUUUACUCUGCCUAUUAAACAACAUGCUUACCCACUGUAGAAACAUUUGUUAAAGUUGCUGUUAUCUGAGUAAGCAAGCAGUAAACCAAAGUAAAAUGCACAGGUGAAUCGGUAGUGUAUUUCAAUUUGCAUUUAUAUAUCAGAGUUUACUGGAAAUUAAAAGGCAUUUACAGUGAACUCCCAUGUGUGAGCACGUGCAGAAAACGGAGCAUGUAUUUGUAAAUGCAUGAUGGUUUUUUCCUUGCACAAGAUAACCAAAACCCAGUGUGGCUGGAUCAGUGCAAGCAACUCCUCCUGAUAACCAAGUCUUCUAUAGUGCUCAAGAGAAGUAAGGUGCACUGCAAACAAGAGAAAUGUAGCAAGCUCACAAGUUUAGCUUAUAAACAUUAAACAAAAUUUGGCUCAAGAAGUUUUAGAUUUCCCUUCAGCUAAGCUGGGAUUUCAUCUUACAGAAGUGCAUUUUAUGGUGGUUCAAAAAGCAGUAAAUCUCUAAGGAGGAAUGGGGAUAUCAAAUGUAAAACUAACUAGUGAUAAUCAUAGCCUAUAAGCUAUUUUAUACUGGUUUUAAAAUAAUGAUAAUACUCUGAAAAGAUGUAUUUAAAAGUUGAGUUUCUGGUUCUAUAGUUGCUACAUAAACAACAUCCAGGCAUACAAAUACUAAUGUUAUGUGCAAACAUCAGCACCAGCACGGGAAUUUAAAACAUGACUUUGUAUAUUAAGUAUGAUGAAUAUGUCUGGCUAUUUGGCUAUGUUCUGCCAGUUAUUUUUUUUUCAAGGGGAUUCAAUAGUGUAUUUGCAUCAAAUAGUGAUAUGCUAGAGAUCUCAGAGGGAACCCAGACAUCAAGAAAUACACAACCACUUAUUA